UGAUGGAGGGUGGGAGGCUGCCCGAGCCGAGUCUCCGUCCUGUUUACAUGAGGAAAUUCGCUCUUCUGGACUAAGAAAUGAGAAUACAGGUGACAUGACAGAGGGCAGCAUGAAGGGGGUUGAGAAUGAGGAGUUUGUGGAGGCCAUGCAUGACUACUCUUACCAGUGGGAAGACCGCACCCUUUCUAUGACAAAGGGAGAAAUUUUCAUGCUCAUCAAACGUGCGUCUCCUGAUUGGUGGCAGGUAAUCAGACACGGAGAACAACGAUCUUUCUUUGCGCCAAAACAGUACCUCCAGCUAACCACCGUGUCAUACGAACAAAUGAAGCAGGUGUCCAGGCAAGGGCGUCUGCAACAGAAAUCAAAACAGGAAGAGUCUAGUGGUCAGAGUCAUGGUAUGCCACAGAUUUCAAAUGAUAACAUUCCUUCACCACCAUUUACUGAAAUUCCCUCAUCCACAACUCCCAAUGCUAGUCAGAGUUAUAUGACAAAGAUAGAACCAAGUAGGGUAACAAAGGAAAGAAGUGAUCCGUAUCCAAGCAGACCAGGUGGUCUGUCCUCCUUCAAAAGUGAAUCCCCAAUUGUUCCUCCAAAAGGACUACCACACAGGAGUGGUAGCAAUGAGUUCCCAUCUCCUACGGCACCCUCAAGAGGCUUUUCCCAGGGUGGGCAUGAGUCCUCUUCAUCUCACACCUCCAGGUCAAGUCUCAAUGAUAGUAGCAGAUGCAGCAUGGAGUCUCUUACACAACUCCAUGCAAGGAAGCAAGCAAUAAAGGCAGCUUCACAUGAUGAACUGAUGUCUGGGGAAAGGAGUAGAUCUGUGCUUGAUGUGAGCCAACCAAAAGCAGCUAGCAGCGAAGAACUUGAUGGACGAUAUUGUGGGAGGGAUUUUUUUUUCAAGAGCAAUCAGCUAAGUUACCGUCAUAGAUCUAACUCAGUAGAUUUCAGAUUAUUUCAAAAGGAUCUUGCAUUCAGUGAAAUGAAGCAAGGUUCUUUAGACAAAAGCAGAAAGCCAAGAAUAUCAAAAGACCCGGGAACAGGAGGAGGUCAUGGGCUUUCUGAAAAUCUGGGGAAACUUGAGGGACCAAUAGAUAUUAAGUUGCAGGAAGUGAAGAAAGCAAAACCUGCUUUACCACUUACUGGUCCAAAUGUGAAAAGACUUGGUCAGGACUAUGAUAGAAGCUUAAAAGGUCCUGAUACCUCGACUCUGUCUGAAAACCAAAGGAAAGCUUCACUCCGUCGUCAAGAUGGGAUGGAUGCAAAAGACCCUCCGGUGGCUCUGCCAAGGAAGUUCAUUCCCCACAAGUUUCGUCAACAGAAAGUAAGACAGAAGAGCAGGGGAGUAAACAGAACCUAA